AUGGAUGACCAUGUCGUGGGUGUCCUCGGUGGCGGCCAGCUGGGGCGCAUGUUGGUGGAGGCAGCGAACCGUCUCAAUAUUCAGGUCGGGAUCCUCGAUGUCGACAGCGCUCCCGCAAAAUAUCUUGCCAAAUCUGACAAGCAUGUCACUGGAUCCUUUGCGAAUGCGUCUGAUGUCAAAGCUCUGGCUUCUAAGUGCGACGUGCUAACCUAUGAGAUCGAGCACGUCGACACCAAGAUUCUUGAAGAACUGGAAGCGGGGAGACCAUAUGUCGAGGGAACCAAGUGGUCCAGGUUCCAACCCAGCUGGCACACAGUUAGGACGAUCCAGGACAAAUUUACGCAGAAGCAGCAUUUUGCGAAAUAUGCAAUUCCCAUCUCCAAAUCCACCGCAGCCAGCUCGUCGCAGCAAGGGCUGAUAGAUGUCGGCGACAAGCUUGGAUACCCAUUCAUGUUGAAAUCUCGAACCCAAGCCUACGACGGGAGAGGUAAUUUCCCGGUCAAGUCGCUAUCUGAUAUAGGACCUGCCAUCUCGGCCCUGGCGGAACGGCCUCUGUAUGCGGAGAAAUGGGUGCAUUUCAAAAUGGAGCUCGCUGUCAUGGUUGUGAAAACAGCCCAGGAAGACGACCCAGACGCGUGGGAGAAGAACACCUUGGCGUACCCUACCGUCGAAACCAUUCAUGAAGACAGUAUCUGCAAGCUUGUUUAUGUUCCGCCUCGGGAUGUCUCGCAGCAAGUGGCACGCGCAGCACAGGACCUAGCUCGGCGUGCUGUUUCCACCUUUCGCGGUACCGGCGUCUUCGGCGUUGAAUUGUUCCUUCUCCCUGACAACAGUCUGCUCGUCAACGAAAUUGCGCCCCGACCGCACAACUCGGGACAUUACACCAUCGAGGCUUGCCACAUGUCCCAGUUUGAAGCACAGAUCCGUGCUAUUCUGCCGGACCUAGCCUCCAAGAUACCUGCCGGCGCGACAGAACUGACGGUCAAGGCGGCGAUGAUGUUAAAUAUCCUCGGAGGACCGCAGCCUGAUUCACAUAUGCUGGUCGCCAAAGCCGCACUAGACGUGCCAGGCGCUAAGAUCCACCUCUACGGAAAGGGCGAAGGCCGACCUGGACGGAAGAUGGGACAUAUCACAAUCACCGGAUCAAGCUUAUCGGAAUGUGAGAUUAAAAUGCACCCUUUGAUUCAAAUGGUCGACGCAAUACGCGUGCACCGCAACGACAGAUCUAUUCAGCCAUCUACAGACUCAAUUCUGAAGACUCGGGCAGAGCUUCUUGAUAUGAAUCCUGCGCCGUCUCCUCGAGCCGUCAUUGCCGUAGUGAUGGGAUCUGACACCGAUCUGGCUACACUUCGCCCGGGUCUAGCACUACUCGACACCAUGGACAUCCCUUACGAAGUACACAUCACCUCGGCUCACCGCACGCCACAGUACAUGCUCGACUUUGGCAAGGCUGCGGCCAGUCGUGGAUUUAAAGCCAUCAUUGCCGCGGCGGGCGGAGCAGCACAUCUACCCGGCAUGAUGGCCUCGGAAACCACAGUGCCGGUAAUUGGCGUGCCCGUGAAAGCCAGCUCCUUGGAUGGGCUGGACAGUUUAAUGAGUAUUGUGCAAAUGCCACGCGGAAUUCCUGUGGCGACGGUGGGAAUUGGGAAUUCUGUCAAUGCGGCGAUACUGGCGGCGAGGAUUGUGGGAUCAAGCGAUGAGAAGGCACGGAAGUGGGUAGCUGAUCAUCUGCACAAGAUGGACGACGAGAACAUGGAGAAGGAGCAUCGGUUGCAGAGAGAAGGCUGGAAGGUCUACAAGAAACUGGAUGGUUGA